AUGACUCAGAGCAACUUUGGUACCGAUAAGCUUAGCAGUGGACGGUCUGUUAGUGAGGAAAAGUUAAUGGUAGCCGUUAGAGUGAGACCCCUACGAGCAGAUGAGGGUACGCGAAUCGUUCAUGUCGUCAGCGAUAAGAUGCUUGUCUUAGAAGAGGAGACGGAUAGUCGUCGCGAUGUGCUUAGACAGCGUCGAAUUAACGAUAAACACUAUGUUUACGAUAAAGUUUUUGGAGAAAGCAGCACUCAAGAUGAGGUGUACGAAGCAGUUUGUGCACCAUUAGUCGGAGAUACCCUUAAUGGAAUAGCUGGUGCCGUCUUUGCAUACGGAGCCACGGGCGCUGGCAAAACACACACCAUGACCGGUUUGAUGUCGAGAGCGCUGAGCCAUUUAUUCAGUUCGAUAGCCAAAAGUGAUAAUCCCGAUGCCUUUGAGGUAAAAAUGUCAUAUAUCGAGAUCUACAAUGAAAAUAUUCGUGAUUUACUCAACCCCAGCGCGGGGCCUUUAGAGUUACGAGACGAGGGUAGUUCUGGAGCGCCGAUUGUAGCGGGACUGAGUGAGCUGCGUGCUACGGAUGCAGCCCACGUAGCCGAGUUACUGGCGCGAGGCGAUCGUGCAAGAACCGCAGAACCAACUCAAGCAAACCAACAUUCCUCGCGGGGCCAUGCUUUGUUGAGUGUAUCUGUCAACAAGUCUGUAUCAGCUGGGCUCCAACGAGGGCGACUUUUUCUAAUUGACCUGGCCGGUUCGGAACGUGCUGGGACUAAAGCGAGGCGUCUGGAAGGUGCUCAUAUUAACCGGUCUCUGCUUGCUUUGGGAAACUGCAUUAUGGCUUUGUCUGGUGGAGCAAGAUAUGUCAACUACCGAGAUUCUAAGCUGACGCGUCUACUUCGGGAGGUGCUGGGAGGCCGGUGCAGGACAGCUAUGAUAGCCCAUGUGUCUCCUGCUGCAGAGCAUCGAGACACCACCCGUUCCACUCUACAUUAUUCUCAGCGCGCCUCUACCAUUACUAAUAAGGUUGAACGGGAAUUAGUACAAACCCCAAUGCACUUGUCGCAGUAUCGCAGCGUGAUUAAUGAACUCCGUGAAGAAAUCGCGCGACUAAAAGUCAAGAUGAAGGAUGACCGUUCAAGACCCUCAGAAGACCAGCGAAUAGAGGAAAUAAACAAAGUAGAGAAUGAAGAUAAUUCGGCACAUUUAAAAUCACUUCGCGAAGCUAUCGUAUCCACGUUCAAGCAGCAGAUGCGACUACGAAGACGUCUGAUGGAGCUUGAUAGUCAUUUGUUGGGCCUGGCUCUGGAUGCGGAGAGACAACACGCCGCCAUAUCACAUUGGGAAGCUCGUUUCAACCGAUUAUAUAAACCUAUCAGUUUAACGGGAUCUCGCUUGAGCACACAGCAGAGUUACAGAGGUGUGACGGGAAUAUCGAGCAGCAGUGGCAGCGAGAGGGCUGAAGCUGAGGUAGCUGUUGAGCAGGCAUGGGCAGAAUUGGCGGCUGUGGAGCGUGAGCAAGAAGCGGCGCGGACAGAACGAGACCGUGUUGAAAGACAUCUUGAGCAAGUCCGCUUGAGAGGUGCACAAUUAGAGAAGGAGCUUCCAGCGCAUAUAACAAGUGGCCCUGAAAGAGAAGUCCUAGCUUUAGUAUGUAGAGUACAUGAGCUUGAAGCAGACAAACUAGCUCUACAAGGCGAGCGAGCGGCGCGUGCGCACGAGUUGCGUAGACGCGAUCUCGCCCUACAACGAAGAGAUGCGCAGAGGAGACUUACUGAUGAAAUUAUUACGCGUCAACGGAGGUUACUAGAAGAGAACGGUGUAGGUGUUCAACCUGAUUUAGGUCAACUCUACGAACUGUAUCAACAAGAGAUUCACGCUUCAACUUAUACUGAAACGAGUGAUCUGUACACGCCAUAUCGCCUGCCGCCUAUAUCUUCGAGUAUGUCAGAGCUAACCUGGUCAGAGAGUUCUAGUGGAUCGGGACGUGGUUCCAGUUCAGGAUCCGGUGGAACUUUGGGACUGGGAUUAGAUCGCUUGCCAAGGCUCGCCCCAACCCCACGACCACGUACGAGAUACAGUCAAGCAAGUGCAACGACACUAAAACGGUAUUCCAGCGACGACAGCAUAGUAAUGGCAGCUCCACGGAAUACUGAAGAUGGUGCACCCUGA